AUGAGGCUGCCGCCACCUCUAUUGCCGUUCCUGUGCUCUCCCGUCUUUGUGCUCCUCCUGCUCCUGGCCGCGUGCUCGUCCCCGGCAAAUGGGAGGGCCGCGCAGUCGCCUCCGGGCGCUGCUGCGCCUGUCGCCAGGCACGUCCGCGCCGCCGACGCCGCUGCCGGCGGCGCCAAUGGGACCGCCUCCUUUGCUCCGGCGUUGCCGGCGCCGCCUCCCGUCGUGAUCAUCGUGGAGCGGCGCCAUCGUCUCCACCGCGAGCUAGUCAUCGCCUCCGUCCUCGCCUCCAUCGCCAUCGUCGCGAUUAUCCUCUCCACGCUCUAUGCGUGGAUCCUGUGGCGGCGGUCUCGGCGGCUGCCCCGCGGCAAGGGCGCCAGGAGCGCAGACACCGCGAGGGGAAUCAUGCUGGUGCCGAUCCUGAGCAAGUUCAACUCACUCAAGACGAGCAGGAAGGGGCUUGUGGCGAUGAUCGAGUACCCAUCGCUGGAUGCGGCGACAGGGAAGUUCAGUGAGAGCAAUGUGCUUGGUGUGGGCGGCUUUGGUUGCGUCUACAAGGCAGUUUUCGAUGGCGGUGUUACCGCGGCGGUCAAGAGGCUGGAAGGAGGUGGCCCUGAGUGCGAGAAGGAAUUCGAGAAUGAGCUGGAUUUGCUUGGCAGGAUUCGGCACCCCAACAUUGUGUCCCUGCUGGGCUUUUGUGUUCACGAGGGGAAUCACUACAUUGUUUAUGAGCUCAUGGAGAAGGGAUCCCUGGACACACAGCUGCAUGGGGCUUCGCAUGGAUCAGCCCUGAGCUGGCAUAUCCGGAUGAAGAUCGCACUCGACAUGGCCAGGGGAUUAGAGUAUCUCCAUGAGCACUGCAGUCCACCAGUGAUCCACAGGGAUCUGAAGUCAUCUAACAUACUUUUAGAUUCUGACUUCAACGCUAAGAUUUCAGAUUUUGGUCUUGCAGUGACCAGUGGGAAUAUUGACAAGGGAAGUAUGAAGCUUUCUGGGACCUUGGGUUAUGUGGCUCCUGAGUACCUAUUAGAUGGGAAGCUGACUGAAAAGAGUGAUGUAUACGCAUUUGGAGUGGUGCUUCUUGAGCUACUGAUGGGAAGGAAGCCUGUCGAGAAGAUUAGUCAAACUCAGUGUCAAUCAAUUGUGACAUGGGCCAUGCCGCAGCUGACUGACAGAACAAAACUUCCCAACAUAGUUGACCCAGUGAUCAGGGACACGAUGAAUCCAAAGCAUUUGUACCAAGUGGCAGCAGUGGCCGUUCUAUGUGUGCAACCAGAACCAAGUUACAGACCGCUGAUUACUGAUGUUCUCCACUCUCUUGUCCCUUUAGUGCCUGUGGAGCUCGGAGGGACACUGAGGGUUGCAGAGCCACCUUCCCCAAACCUAAAACAUUCUCCUUGUUGA